CCUAAGUCUCAGCACCUUCCCUCCCCCUCCAUAACUCAUUCAUAAAUUAAAAGAUCAGGGGGCGAGCGACGACGAGGAGGAGGAGGAGGAGAAGGGAUUCGGAUUCUGGGCAGAUGCUGCUGCUGCUAUGCCGACGCAUCAGGGUACAAAUUCCUUCGCGAAACCUAUAUGCUCCAUCUGCUACGAAGACCUCAGACCCGCCAUCGAACAUCUUCAGUCCAUCUCCCUUUGCGGCCAUGUCUUUCACGAGCUUUGCCUUCAGCAAUGGUUUGAGUACUGUCCCAAUCUGAAGAAGAAAAGCUGUCCUAUAUGCAAACAAGCAUGUACCAAUGCAAACGUUGGCCGUCUUUACUUCCAGUCCGUUGGGGAUCCUACUGAUUGCACUCUCCCUCAAAAAUCAAAUAAUUAUGACAGGAAUCCAGAGGAACUGCAGAAGGAGGUCAAUAGGUUGGAGGGCAAGGCUCUGGCUCUGGCUUCCUCCUUGGAGCAACAACAGAAAGAAUUCAAGCAAGUUAACGAUCAGCUGCUUUCGUGCAAGGAACAACUUAAAAUAGAAAUGGCACUAAAAAGUGAGGCCCUCACCCGGAUCGCAACCACUCAGCAGUUGCUUUGUGUGAAAUCGAAGGAGCAGGAUAUAUUGACUUUGGAACACAAAAGAUUGCAGGAGAGAAACAUGGCCUUGGCCAAGGAACUUGCAGCACUAAAACUUGCCUCUGAUUUAGACUUGGAAGAAGAUGAGAUUGUAAAGCUUGCUUCAUUAGGCAAUGAAAUUGGCAGCAGAGAAUCAAUUGAUGUUCUGAGAAAGUCGUUGGUGAUUCGUAACAAGAGUUACAAGGAAUUGAUGGCUAAGUGCAACACGUUGGGAAGGGGAGAAGCUCAGUGCCUUCGCAAGCUUGAGAAAGCUAAUGAAAAGAUAAAGAAGCUCAAGUCAAGAGUCCAAGCACUUGAAGCAUCUGUUGAAAUAAAAGAAAAUGAAGCAUUGAGAGUGCUAAAAGAUCAAGGUAUUAAAUCCAAGAUGGAUUUGGAAGAAAAUGAAGCGAAGAGACCGGUGAAAAGAACAAAGUUAGCAGACCCCAGUGACAUGCUUGACACCAUGCUCCGUUCCAGGAGGACAGCAGAACCUUGUGAGCUUUUGACUGGGAAGAGCAUGAUCGAUAGUAAUGCGACUGGGCAUGGUGAUGGCCACAACAGUAUGGAGAGGGUUCUGUGUGCUGGAACAAAUCAGGGCAAGAGUGCAGCAGCACUGUGCCCUUGUACCUCUGUACAAGGAUUCUCGAGCAACAUUUUGAGGCCGCAUGCUGAUUACAGUCAAUGUACACAAGACAUGUCAGUUGGUGCCCAGAAUGAUGUCAAAAUUGGUAAUUCUAGCUACGAGGAUAGAAUCCUUGGAUCUCUCCUGCCCACGGAAGAAGAGUGUAGAAAGGAGGAUCAGGUCAAAAAGCUACCUGCUAAUGUGGAUGGUGAGGGGGUCCGUUGCUAUGGUGACACCAAUUCAGUGCAAGCCUCAUUUAAUAUCAGAAAAGAAACUGCACCAGAUGCACAUAUUGUGUCUCCCCAACCUGGUGGGGAAUGCUUCUCCGGUGGUGUAUUGGGUGGUGAUGGAACACAGUGGCACCUGGGUAAAUGGAGCAAGAAAGGGCAGCAGAGCAAAGGAUCAUCGUCAGCAUCAAACUACUCAAGAUCCGGCGACUUAAUUGCGGUUGGAGCGGAUGGGAGAGGAGGCCAAAUAAAAGUGAUGAGGUCUGUCGAUCGGUCGUUGCAGGAUCAGGACGUUGAAGGUAAUAAUUAUUCAUCUAGGGCCAACAGAAAGCGCAAGCCUGGGCCUGGGGGUGCAAAAUCAAAAGCAAAAGCAAAUAAGUUGCAGCAGCAGGGUCAUCUGCAGAUUGAACACUUCUUUCACAGGACAAGUGGAUAGGCAAGGCAGGCAGGCAGGUAAUUACACUCCAGUAUACUAUACUGGCGUUGUUGUUUUAUGGAGUACUUGUUGGUGCUUGCAGCAGGAUCAUGUUUAUUUUACUUUACUCGGCUUGACUUACCCAAUGAUGGCCAGGCAGGCUCACAGCCUUCCAUUGUUUGUUUGUUUGUUUGUUUUGUUUUUUUUUUUUCUUUUUCUCGAUCAUGUUUUUGGUUAUCCCAAUUGUACACAUGACUUUUUUGUUUUUUUGUA